GCUUUGUACUCUUUCUCAUACAUCAUACAAUUCUCGUCACCCAACUCUCACCGUCCAAUUCUUUACAUCCGAGUUUUCAUACCUAAUUCUUUAUACCUAAGUCUUUACAACCAAUUCUUUACACCCAAUUCUCAUCACUCAUUAUCCUCCUUUCCGCCCGACUCAUCCCCAUCGUCAGCAUACACAUCAUUUUCGAAAUGGCAACCAUGCCUGUCCUGCCAAACUAUUCCACUACAACUCCCCACUCUCCCUCUCUUCCACCUUCCUUCUCUUCCACCUUCCUUCUCUUCCACUAUCCCUCCCCAGACCCCCUAACCCCCCAGAACAUCGCCGCCCACACCGACUCCUGGAACGAAGCCGGCGCCGUCGACCCCUCCAUAUACGCCAAAUGCGCCUCAGCCGAUCUAACCGUACCCAUCGCCUCGGGAAAAAGCAUAUCCCCCCUUUUCAAAGGCCUCGUCGUCAGCGCCCCGCCACUCCUAAACCCCGCCUCCCCGUCCCUCCAAGACAAGACAUUCCCCUCACUCCUCACGGGCACAAAACGCAUCUGCGUCGCCAUCACAGAACCCGACGCCGGGCAGCGACGUGCGCGGCGAAGAUGCAAGACGGCACGCACUACGUCGUCAACGGUAGAAGAAUGCAUCACCAACGGCCUGUUCAGCGACUCCUUCAUGGCGCUUGUGCGCACGGGGGGCCCGGCGCUGACGGGGCUCUCAAUGCUGUUCAUCCCCCUUGGCGGCAACUACAUACGUGACCUUCGAGGACGCGCGCAUCUCCGCCGCCUACCUCGGGCGCUGAGGGCGACGGCUUCUGCCAGACGCACAUCGCGCAGCCCGUCCUACGGACUCACGGAAUUCGGUCAGGGCGCGCGUAUCUGUUGA